ACUAUGCCCUGCACUGGAUUACAGGAGGGAUGUGCAAAGCUCUGAACAAACGCAGCCAGUGGGAGAUGGAAGGACUGAGAGGUGGAGAGGGCUCUUCCACAAACCAGUGCAGGAAUUUCUUCUCUCCCCCCUCUGUGUUUGGCUCUCCAUCCAGCAGAGCAGUCUCAGGAUUAGCCUACCCUGGGGCUGAGAGGUCCAGCUCUGCACGCUCUGAGGCCACCAAGGAAGGACCCUCAUGUCCAGCCUCUACUGGGCCCUCUGCCCCAUCCCUGGGCUAUGGCUACCACUUUGGGAACGGAUAUUACAGUUGUCGCAUGUCCCAUGGUGUGGGUCUGCAGCAGAGCCCCCUUAAAUCAUCCAGCCACCCCCCUAUAGGAGGUUUCCCAGUGGAGAAAUACAUGGACGUGUCCAGCCUGGCUAGUACAAGUGUCCCCAGCAAUGAGGUGCCUUCCAGGGCUAAGGAAGUGUCUUAUUUCCAGGGUUACACCAAUCCUUACCAGCAUGUUCCAGGAUACUUAGACAUGGUGUCAACGUUUAGCUCUGCGGAGCCUAGACACGAAGCCUACAUCUCAAUGGAGGGCUACCAGUCAUGGACUCUGGCUAAUGGCUGGAACAGUCAGGUUUAUUGUAAGGACCAGUCUCAAGCCCCUCAUUUCUGGAAGUCAUCUUUCCCAGGUGAUGUAACACUAAGCCAGCCAGACAUGUGUGUGUACAGGAGAGGGAGGAAGAAGAGGGUCCCUUACACCAAAUUGCAACUCAAAGAACUUGAGAAUGAAUAUGCCCUUAACAAGUUCAUUAACAAGGACAAAAGGCGUAGGAUAUCUGCAGCCACAAACCUCUCUGAAAGACAGGUCACUAUAUGGUUUCAAAACAGGAGGGUGAAGGACAAGAAAAUAGUCUCUAAACUAAAGGAGAAUAUAUCUUGAUCUGGCAAUUCAAGUGCAUUAAAAGCAACUUGCCCACAUUGUUUCAAACAGUCCUGAAAUUACUUAGAUGCCAAUAAUCCUCAUACCCAGACGUUCUAACCUUCCUUUGAUGGGCUUCAAACAUUUUGUCCACCGAAUUCCAAAUGCUUUAUCUAGUUUUAAAAAAUAUAUAUAUAUUUUUUUGGGGCUUUGGACAAAGUUUAGGAGCUUUUUGCUCAGACACAGAACACACAGACUACCUGUGGUCUUAUUCAAUAAUGUCAAGUUUUGCAGUCAUAAUUUUUAUUAAGAUUCUCCCAUCUUGUGAUACCAUUGCCUCUCAGGAAAAAAAAAAAAAAAAUCGUCAAAUCUAAUUGCAACAUCAUUUAACCCGAAGGACCUUGGCAAAUGUCUUAACUUGGAAACACUUCAAUUUGCAUGUAUUUAAAUUCAGUAUAUUGUGAAUUACUACACACUAAUUUGGACACCUCCUCACCACGCAGGUGUGGUUGUACACUACCAAAUGCAGCCAAGUUGUACUGUGCAUUGUGUUUUAUAUAUAUAUAUGUGUUUUGGCAUUAUUUUCUUUUAUUUUUUUUAAUCAAAGCAUUGGUCGAUUUUUUUGUUUAAUAUGAACUACAAUAUAUUGUCAAUACACCUGGUUUUUCUUAGUGAAUACAAUUUUCAUCACCAUACGAAUUGUUACUUUUUGAUCAGUGUUAUAAUAAAACUAUUGCAAUCUAUUUUUAUACAAAAAAAAAAAUACACUUCAGGUAAGAGUUACCAAGGCAAAGCUGAAUCAGUUUCAAGUAAAAGUGCUACAUUUGGACACAUCAGGACUAAACCAAUUGGACAU